AUGGUUUGUGGUUUAAGGGAUGAAGAGAAAGGAAAGGUCGAAGAUGACAAUGAGACAGAAGAUAUCAAUGAUGAUUUAUCGUAUAUAAAUUGUGGCCUUCUGGUACCCUCUUCAAUCUUUGCUGCAAUUAGCCUGGCAGCAAUUUUAAUAGGAUCAGCUCUAGGACAUUUUUAUGAUAUUAAACGAAGUGAAGAUGGAACGAUGCCAUCUUGGCUAUUUUCAUCAGGCUGGUAUCCAAAAUACUGUAUGAAUUUUACAUCAACAAUGAUACCCAUUUCAUAUCUACCAUCAAUGCUUCGAUUAUUUGAGCUUACCGUACAAGCAAAUGUAUCAUUUCGUAUAGCAACCUGUAUUCCAACUUCACUUCGAUUAUUUCAAAGUUACUUAAAUGCAAUUGCUAAUGCACAUUUUUGUCCUAAUACCAAGGAAUGGUUAUGGUAUCGUUGGUGUAAUGGUGCUACUCCUAUUUUACUUUUACUUGAAAUUACCUUUUGUACUCUUUUCUCGAUUAAUACCAUUCGUCAAGAUUAUCAAAUUUUAUGUAAGAUAACAUUUAAUUUAUUUAUAAUCAGCGCCAUGUUGCAUAUGAUCGUAUAUACUACAGUAACAAUUUGUCGAAAUCGAAAAUUUGAGACGAUCGAUCAGAUAUCUGUGAUAAUAAAAUUGUUAUCUUUAAUUGCAUUUGGUAUAGUAACUCCAAAGGUGGCUAUUUUUCACAAUAUAUUUAUCGAUUCACCAGCAUGUCACUACUACGUGCCACCUUAUUAUGCAUUAUGCGAAUACAUACUAAUUAUUUCUAACGCUUUGUUCCAUCUAACAUUGAUCAGCGAUACACGCAAUAUGAGGUUUCUUAUGUAUCCACGUACAUGUUCAGGUGAAUGCGAACCAAUAAAUCCUGAAAAUUUUCAAAAAGGAGGCAAAUUUGAAUACUGUCGUUCACAGUAUCAUAUUAAUAAAAAACGGCAAAUAAGUAAUAGUAUUGAAAUGAAGGAAACUGUAUUUUGA